AUGCCCCUGGAGCCGGCGGCGGAGCACAUGGCCGCAGAAAACAAAUGCGUGGCAGUGUCGCGCUGGCUGCAGAUCAGCGUCGGCUUCCUGCUGCCGCUGCUGGUCGAGGGGGCGGCGCAGGUUGCCGCCUUUCAGGAGCACCAGCGGGAGCGGCGCGAGGCGGGGCUGCCGCACGAGCGAGGCAUCCAUGCCUCAGUGUACCAUGGGCUGUGGGCCCUGCAUGCCAGCACGUCGGCGUCCAUCCACAGCAGCACGCUGAUUGUGCUGCUCUGCAUCGGUACGGGCAGCUUUGGUCUGCGCCACACCAAGUCGCACACGCUGUGCCGUCGCUGCGGCCGCCGCUCCUUCCACAUCCAGAAGAGCACCUGCGGCUCCUGCGGCUACCCCGCCGCCAAGAUCCGGAAGUACAACUGGAGCGUGAAGGCGAUCGGCCGCAAGACCACCGGCACUGGCCGCAUGAAGCACCUGAAGAGCGUGCAGCGCCGCUUCAAGAACGGUUUCCGUGAGGGCACCGCCGCCAAGAAGAUCGCAGCAUAG